AUGUGGGAAACAACAGGUUGCACACGCACAGGAUGGCUGCAUUCUCUUGGACAUAAAUCCCCUUUGUGGCUACGCUCCGUUCAGGUUACGGAGUGGCCUGCCAUUCGGGAACUGUCGACGGAUCUGGAGCCCUAUGCAUCAUUGUACAGCAUAACCAACGAUUUUGGGCUUCGCUACGAGGAGUGGCUUUUUGGCCCUAUCAAGGACCUUAACGCCGAAGAGGUCGAGAACAACGUUGGUGAAUGGUUCAAGAAGAUGGUACGGCUCAGCAAGAGCCUUCCGCGGCCGGAGCUGCGCACCCUGGCAGAGACUACCCGUGCACGGCUUGAAGAGUUUAAGGAGAAUGUCCCAAUUAUAAUGGCCGUCUGCAAUCCCGGUAUGCGUGGACGACACUGGGAGCGCCUUUCCAUGGCACUCGGCACUCGUGUAUCCCCGGUACUUCCGACCGUUCGCAACUUUUCCCGCCGCCUUCCUGUAGUUGCUGAUUUCGUCAACCAACACAUUUUUGAUCUGCAGGAGUUGAGUGAUACGGCGUCCCGGGAGAUGGCUCUUGAGCGAUCAUUGGACCGCAUGGUGGCUGAGUGGGGUGGGGUCAAGUUUGAAGUCGUGCCCUGGAAAAAUACGGGUGCGUCGGUAGGCAGCAGUGUCGAGGAAGCACAAGUGCUCCUGGAUGAUCACGUGGUCAAGUCACAGGCCAUGCUCAGCAGUCCGGCAUCAGCGCCGUUCCUGGAACGUAUUGAAGGCUGGGUGAGGAAGCUCUCCAACAUGCAGGAUGUCAUAGAUGCCUGGAUGGUGGCUCAGCAGAAGUGGAUGUUCCUCGGCCCUGUCUAUGGCAGCGAGGAGAUCGCCAAGCAAAUGCCCAAAGAGCGUUGGGAGUUCCAGGCUGCGGACGCGCGGCUCAGGCUUAUCAUGCGGGCUGUGGAGAAGAGCCCAGAGGUCCUUUCGUUCACAGACACACAGCAUUUGCUAAGCGACUUGCAGAGCUGCAAUAUGUCUUUCAGCAUUGUUGAACGAUCUUUGGCGGCCUACCUGGAAUCCAAGAAGCUCCUUUUUCCGCGAUUUUUCUUUUUAUCAAAUGAUGAACUUAUCGAAAUUCUCAGCGAAGCGAAGGAGCCUCUCCGUAUACAGCCGUUCGCCAAGAAAAUCAUCGAGGCUGUCAAGGAGUUCGAGUUUAACGCGGCGCAGGAGGUUACAGCCUUGAUCAGUGUGGAAGACGAGAGGAUACCGUUCGACCGCCCUGUCAUUACAAGCAGCGAAAUGGUGUCUGGUGUCGAGUUUUGGCUCAUUAAAGUGGAGGAGCAGAUGCGCGUCAGCGUUGCAACGGUCAUGCGGCAUGCCAUCAAGGCAUAUCCAACUACUGCGAGGGCCAGCUGGAUUUUGGAGUGGCCGGGCCAGGUGGUCCUGGCAGUGGCACAGGCCUACUGGACUAUGGGCGUGGUGGAAGCCCUGACAUCAAGCGGCCUCUUUGGGCUGGUUGAGUACGGAGAGCAGUGCCGGCGUGACCUCAUGGAGGAGGUCAUGCUAGUACGUGGUCACCUGAAGCCACUCGAGCGGGCCACCAUUGGGGCCUUGGUCGUGUUGGACGUACAUGCCCGCGACGUUGUCGCCGAAAUGGUGAACGACAAGGUUUCCAGUAUUGACGACUUCAGCUGGCAAAGUCGCUUGCGCUACUACUGGGAGAACAACACCAUGCAUGUACGGAUGCUGAACGCGGAGUGCACGUAUGGCUACGAGUACCUCGGCAACAGCUCCAGACUCGUUAUCACACCGCUGACGGACAGGUGCUACCGCACGCUGUUGGGAGCUCAUCAUAUGAACCUUGGAGGUGCCCCUGCAGGCCCUGCCGGGACGGGCAAGACUGAAACCACCAAAGACCUGGCUAAGGCAGUGGCCAUCCAGUGCGUGGUGUUUAACUGCUCCGACGGCCUGGAUUACCUGGCCAUGGGUCGGUUUUUCAAAGGCCUUGCCGCCAGCGGUGCAUGGGCAUGCUUUGAUGAGUUCAACCGGAUUGAGCUGGAGGUCUUGUCCGUCGUGGCGCAGCAGGUCUUAACCAUCCAGCGAGCAAAAGCUGCGGGAAAGAAGCGGUUCGUUUUUGAAGGUACAGACAUGGUUCUUGUGCCGACCUGCAACGUCUUCAUUACCAUGAAUCCGGGCUAUGCGGGUCGGUCUGAACUGCCUGACAACCUCAAGGCCCUAUUCCGGGAUGUUGCAAUGAUGGUUCCUGACUACGCGCUUAUCAGCGAGAUCAUUUUAUACUCGUACGGCUAUUUGGAAGCACGUGCCAUGGCUCAGAAGCUGGUGCAGACUUACCGUCUCUGCUCUGAGCAGCUUUCCCGCCAAGAUCAUUACGACUACGGUAUGCGGGCUGUCAUGGCUGUGCUGCGGGCCGCCGGCAACCUCAAGCGCCGAUAUGCGGGACACAGCGGCGAUACCUACGGGGAGCCAAUCUUGAUGCUCCGUGCAAUUACGGAGGUCAACUUGCCCAAGUUCCUUGACGAAGACGUGCCUCUAUUCAAAGGCAUCCUCUCGGAUUUGUUCCCAGGGGUCUCGUUACCGGCGGUUGACUACGGCGAGAUGACUGAAGCUCUGACUCGCAACGCGCGUGCCCUUAACCUUCAGCCACUUCCCUCCUUCAUCGAAAAAGCAAUCCAGUUAUACGAGAUGAUCGUCGUACGGCAUGGCCUCAUGCUCGUGGGACGGUCCUUCAGCAUGAAGACCGUAGCUAUACGUGUCCUGGCGGCUGCUUUGGGCGAUAUGUGUGCAGCAGGUCAUGGCGAGCAGAAGGUCAAGACGUUCACAAUCAACCCGAAGGCUGUCACAAUGGGCCAGCUGUAUGGGCAGGACGACCCGCUGUCCAAGGAGUGGACGGAUGGUGUCCUCGCAGUCGCCUUCAGGACCGCGGCGCGUGAUACGUCACCUGACCGGAAAUGGGUGGUACUGGAUGGUCCAGUUGACGCGAUUUGGAUUGAAAACAUGAACACGGUACUGGACGACAACAAGAAGCUGUGCCUUAACAGUGGUGAAAUUAUCGCGAUGCAGGGUUUGAUGAACAUGAUCUUCGAGGUGCAAGACUUGGCAGUGGCAUCCCCGGCAACUGUGUCACGGUGUGGCAUGGUUUAUAUGCAGCCUUCCCUCCUAGGCUGGAGACCGAUUGUGCAGUCCUGGAUGAAUACGCUGCCCUCCGUUGUAACACAGGAGAUAAAGGAUCACCUCAACAUGCUGCUGGAAUGGCUCAUCCCGCCCUGCUUGCGCCUUGUUGGCAAGGACUGCGUGCAGCCGGUAGCAGUCCAGGACAUUAACAUGGUCAGGAGUCUGACCCGCCUUCUCCAAGGUUUAUUGCUGCCUCACCUGCAGCCACCACCGCCGCCUCCUGGCACACGACCUGCAGAGCGUGCGGCGCCUGAGAAUCUUUUAGUCACGGUAGAAUGCCUGUUCAUCUUUUCGCUUGUUUGGAGUGUUGGAGCGGUCGUGGACUUGGCUGGUCGGUCUGCGUUCAGCAACAGCUUGCGGCAGUUUUUGCGCGGAGACUUUGGGGCAUACAAGGCAUACGUCACAGGCAAUGCUUGCCCGGUCAAGAAGGCCAUGCCAGCCGAUGGAAGCGUGUAUGACUGGGUGUAUGACACGGCGACGGAGUCCUGGAAAGGGUGGAUGGAUUUGCGCAAGAGUGAACCGAUACGCCCUGAGGCCGAAUACAGCACAAUCAUUGUCACGACUGCUGAUGUCGUACGGUACAGCUACCUUCUAGAACUCCAGGUCAUCAACUAUGUGCCGCUGUUAUUCGUUGGGCCAACCGGCACUGGAAAGUCGGUCUACAUCAAGUCCUUCCUGGCAUCAAAGCUCGACCGGUCUGCAUGGGUACAUAUGGUUUUCAACUUUUCAGCCCAAACAAGUGCGAACAUGACUCAGGAUAUCAUUGAUGGUAAACUAGAUAAACGCCGCAAGGGUGUUUACGGACCGCCUGUGGGCAAGCGCUGCGCCAUAUUUGUGGACGACUUAAACAUGCCACAGCUAGACCGUUACGGUGCUCAGCCUCCCAUUGAGCUUCUGAGGCAGGCCAUGGACCACUCAGGGUGGUACGACAGACGAGAUAACAGCUUCCGCAAGCUUGUGGAUCUGCAGUUCCUCGCGGCCAUGGGACCCCCGGGCGGAGGGCGGAAUCCGGUUACGAACCGGUACCUGCGUCACUUCCAUGUGGUGCACGCCACUGAGUUUGACGCUGCGUCCUUGAAGCAAAUCUUCGGCGCGCUCACGGACUGGUGGUUCAGCCGGUACAAGUCUGAAGUGGUUGGGCUGCGGGACAAACUCGUCGCGGCGAGUUUGAAGCUGCAUUUUGCAGUUUCGGAAAAUCUGCUUCCGACCCCAAUGAAGUCCCAUUACGUGUUCAACCUACGCGACCUCUCAAAGCUUUUCCAGGCAAGUGGUCACACCCCUGUAGGGUAUGUCGCAUUGGACAACGACCCUGAGCGGCUGCAGAGACUAUGGGUCCACGAAGCACUACGCGUCUACCACGACAGGUUGGUGGAUGACGCCGAUCGUAACUGGAUUGCAAAGCAGAUACGUGCAAAUGUCGAGGACCAUUUUGGCAGUCGCUUUGAUAAGGUAAGAAUGGGCCCGAUCACGGUACACGUAGGUGCCCCCCAGCUCCGCCGCCUUCUGUUUGCUGAUUUCCUCAUCCCCGGCGCGGAGCCACGCCGCUAUGACGAGGUCAUGGACUUCGAGCGGUUGACGGCGGUAGUCGGCGAGUAUUUGGCAGACCUUAAUGCAGGCAGCAAGAAGCCACUGAGCUUGGUUCUUUUCCAGUUCUGCUUGGAACACGUCUGCCGAGUGGCACGUACCAUCCGCCAGCCUGGAGGUCAUGCGUUACUCGUCGGUGUGGGUGGAAGCGGUCGUCAGAGUGUGACGCAGCUAGCAGCUUUCAUUGAAGACUUCCUGCUUUUCACUAUCGAGGUCAGCAGCACCUACGGAAUGACAAACUGGCAUGACGACCUUAAACUCGCCCUGCGGACGGCCGGCGAGAAGGGCAAAAAUGCGGUCUUCAUGUUCAGCGACAGCCAGAUAUUGGACGAAACAAUGGUCGAGGAGCUCAGUAGCCUCUUGAACACGGGCGAAGUUCCAAACCUCUUUGAUGCUUCUGAGCUGAUUGCCAUAGGCGAGACGUUGCGCCAACGCGCCCGAACAGCUCGAAUGGACGGCAGCCGUGCGGACAUCAACAACUUUUUCGUGAAUCAGGUUCGACAACACUUGCGUGUGGUGCUCUGCUUCAGCCCGGUCGGUGACGCUUUUCGAGAGCGCCUGCGCCGAUUUCCAUCACUGACUACCUGCACAACUAUAGACUGGUUUACGGUCUGGCCAAAUGAUGCCCUGGCUUCAGUGGCGGAGCAGGCCCUCGGCGAAAUGGCACUUGAGCAACAACUGCGUCAUCAGCUAGCCGAUCAGUGCGUCCGUUUCCACCUUACGGCACGAGCAUUGACUGACAGGUACCGCCGUGAGGCCAAGCGCCACUAUUACGUGACACCGACCAGCUACCUUCAGUUGCUUGAUUGCUUCAAGGCACUUCUUCGUCGCCAGCAACAGGCAGUAUCUGCUCAGCGGCGGCGGUAUGAGGUCGGGUUGGAAAAGCUCGCCGCGACUGAAGAGCAGGUCCUGCUUAUGCGCAAGGAAUUGGAGGAGAAGCAGCCACGAUUGAUUAUUAGUGGUAAAGAGACGGAGGAGCUAAUUGCGCUGGUGGAAACGCAAACAGUGGAGGCGGAUAAGGUCAAGACCAUGGUUGAGGCUGAGGAGGCCAAGGCCAAAGAGGAGGCACGAAAAGUCGGCGUGAUAAAGCAGGAAUGUGAGCACGACCUUGCGCAAGCUAUGCCCGCUUACAAUGCUGCAAUCAAGGCCCUGAACACGCUCACCAAGAACGACAUCAGCGAGGUCAAGGGCAUGAAAGCACCACCAAUGCCUGUAAGGCUUGUCAUGCAGGCUGUGUGUCUCCUGAAGGGCUUGCAGCCUACCAAGGUGAAGGACACCAACACCGGCAAGUUCAUCAUGGACUGGUGGGAGACAUCGAAGCGCAUGUUGAGCGACAUGGGCUUCUUGGACAGCCUGAUGACGUUUGACAAGGAUACCAUCGCCCCGGAGAUUAUUCAAGCACUACAGCCCCUCCUCUCACACCCAGACUUUCAACCUGCCAAAAUCAAGAAGGUCUCGCAAGCGGCAUUUGGAUUGUGCAGCUGGGUGCGGGCUAUGGACACGUAUGACCGCGUUGCAAAGAUUGUUGCCCCAAAGCGUAAAGCCUUACAGGUUGCGGAAGAGCAGCUAGCGGUGGUCAAACAGCAGCUUGCUGCAAAACAAGCAGAGUUGCAAGCUGUUGCAGAUCGGCUCGCAGGUCUCCAAGCUAAGCUCGAGGCAGCCAAACGAAGGAAGGCGGAGCUUGAAGCGGAUGUAGCGCUCUGUGAGGAGAAGUUGGAUCGCGCAACGAAGUUGAUGGCCGGGCUUGGCGGAGAGAAAGCAAGGUGGAACCAGAAAGUGGACGAACUGGGCGACCAGUUUGUCCGUCUCAUUGGUGACAUGCUUCUUUCUGCUGGUGUAAUUGCGUACUUGGGCGCCUUCAGCUCAGAGUACCGUGCACAAGCUGUUAGCACAUGGGUGACCCAGUGUGCGGCCCGAGCUAUUCCCUGCUCGGAAGUCUUCUCGCUGCUAAGUGCAUUGGGUAACCCGGUCUCCAUGCGCCAAUGGGCCAUUUGGGGCCUACCGAAAGACGAUGUCAGCGCGGCAAACGGCAUUAUUGUCAUGGAGAGCUCCCGGUGGCCGUUGUGCAUCGACCCCCAGGGCCAAGCAAACAAAUGGAUCCGCAACAUGGAGGCUACUCGCCAUUUGCUUGUGCUUAAGCCUGCUGCUGAUCCCAACUACCUGCGAUCGCUGGCAGCAGCCCUGCCCUUGGGUACGCCGGUGCUCCUUGAAGGCCUAGGAGAAAGACUUGAUGCUUCGCUGGAGCCAGUCUUGCUGAAACACACAUUCAAAAGUUCUGGUAUACAAUGCGUCAAACUCGGCGACCAAGUCGUUGAGUGGGGUUCAGGCUUCCGACUCUACAUGACAACGAAGCUCCGAAAUCCUCACUACCCCCCGGAGGUGUGCACACGUGUGGUCCUACUGAACUUCUGCAUCACGCCAGCUGGACUUGAAGAUCAGCUUCUUGGGAUUGUGGUUGCUAAAGAGAGACCAGAGCUCGAAGAGGAAAAAAACAAACUCAUCGUCGCAGGUGCUGAGAACUCCCGUAAGCUGCUUGAGAUAGAGGAUCAAAUCUUAGCAGUCUUAUCAGCCAACCAAGGGUCAAUCCUCGACGAUGGAGAGGCAGUCACAGUCCUGCAGAAAGCAAAGCAGCUCAGCGACGAGAUUGCCAGCAAGCAACAAGAUGCUGCAAAAACAGAACAAGCUAUCGAUAAGGCGCGCACUGCCUACCAGCCGAUCGCAAAGCACGUUUCUGUGCUGUACUUCUGCGUUGCUGAGCUGCUCAACAUCGAUCCCAUGUACGCGUUCUCACUCACCUACUUCAUUCAGCUGUUCCUUCGUUCUAUCGAUGAGAGCCAACAUCACACGUUGGUGCCGAAGCGGCUGGCGCUUCUGCAGGACCAUUUCACUUUCUUCCUGUACGCGAAUGUCUGCAGAGCACUGUUCGAGAAGGACAAGUUGCUAUUUGCCUUGUUGCUGGCAAUGAGCAUCCAGGUGGCGGCCGGCACACUGGCACCCCAGCUGGUGCAGUUUAUGGUGACAGGGGCCCGUUCCAUGGACAAUCCACAUGCGAACCCUUCGUCUGGCUGGCUGAGCGACCAAGCUUGGUCGAACUUAUGCGAGCUGGAAGGCACUGGAGAGGCCUUCAGUGGGCUUCGUGAGAGCAUCACUGUCCACAAUGAGCAGUGGCACGCAGUGUAUAACGGCACUCAGCAGGAACUGCCUGGAGGAAUGCAAGAGCGGCUGGACCCGUUCCAGCGUUUGCUGCUAAUCCGGUGCCUCUCACCUGACAAAUUGUUACCUGCUGCCGCUGCCUACGUGGCGGGUAGCAUGGGGACACGGUACAUCGAGCCCCAGGAUUUCAAGCUGAGUUCCAUAUUCAUGGACAGUACGUCAUCUGUGCCAAUUGUGUUUGUUUUAUCGCCUGGGACGGACCCAAUGGCCGACUUGCUUGCUUUUGCGGAGGAGAAAAGGAAGCAGGCCGUGAGCCUUGGGCAGGGCCAAGGGCCAAUCGCGGAACGGUACAUUUCUCAGGGCAUCAAGGAUGGGCGUUGGGUUGUUCUGCAGAACUGUCAUCUGGCCAAGUCAUUCCUGCCUCGGCUUGAGAUCGUUUGUGAGCAGCAGCUAACAGCUGGAGACGUCCACCCAGACUUCCGCUUAUGGCUUACAUCGUACCCGUCUGACAUCUUCCCAGCCUCGGUACUGGAAAAUGGCCUAAAGAUCACUAACGAGCCACCGAAAGGACUCAGGGCUGGGAUGGAGCGCAUCUACAAGAGUGAGCCACUGUCUGACAAGACAUUCCUCGACGGACCCAUACGGCAGCCGCAAGCAUUCAAAAACUUGGUUUAUGCUUUGGCAUUCUUCCACUGUGUUGCUGUCGGCAGGAGGAACUACGGCCCUGUAGGCUGGAACAUCCCCUAUGCCUUCAAUGAGAAUGACCUGCGAAUCAGCUUGCGCCAGUUGAAGGCAUUCCUGGACGAGUCGGAGACACCGCCGCUCCGGAUGCUGAUGUACACAGCGGGAGAGUGCAAUUACGGAGGGAAGGUCACGGACGCCAAGGAUAGGCGGACGCUGAUGACCCUGCUGGCGGUGUACUACCGGAAGGAGGUUGCAGCAGCAAAUGUGGGGCAAGCUGGGAAUGGCGACGUGAAGUUUACUCCAAGUGGAACGUACCGUGACUACGCUCACUACCUUUCAGUGCUCUCAUCUUUACCCCUUGGAGAGGCACCUCCGGAGGUGUUUGGUCUCCAUCAGAAUGCGGCCAUUACGCGUGAUUUGGCGGAGGCCCGACAGCUGCUGGACAGCCUUGCGCUGACGACUGCCACGUUGGCAGCGACCAGCGACACGGCUGCAGAUCACGGUGAGCCAUAUGAAGCCAUCACUGCAGAAAUUCUUGCAAAGCUUCCCGCUAACUUUGAUAUCGAGGAGGCUUCGAAGAAGUACCCUGUCACAUACCUCGAGUCUAUGAACACAGUGCUCGUGCAGGAGCUGGUUCGGGUCAAUACGCUCUUACAGGUCAUCCGCACCAGCCUUGAGGAGCUCACGCGUGCUUUGCGUGGUGAGGUCUUGAUGAGCAGUGAGCUGGAGCGCGUCUCGCAUUCCUUGAAUGCGGGUAAGGUGCCGGAGCUGUGGUUGGCCAAGUCCUUCCCUUCCUUGAAGCCCUUGGGCCCGUACGUCAAGGAGCUCCUGGAAAGGGUCCAAUUCUUCUUCACGUGGCUUCACGAGGGCCCGCCGGUCGUCUUUUGGAUCAGUGGAUUCUUCUUCACGCAGGCUUUCCUGACCGGAGCUAAGCAGAACUACGCACGCAAGCAUCGUCUACCAAUAGAUCUCAUCGACUUCCAGCACGUGGUCUGCGAUGGGCCUGACGACGCCUUGAGGGCGCCCGAGGAUGGCGUCCUGUGCAGCGGCAUGUUCUUGGAGGCAGCUGCGUGGGACAUCGUGGGGCAUCGCCUCUGUGAGAGCGAACCGCGAACCCUUUUCGUCCAGCUGCCGCCAGUCCACUUCUGCCCUGCUAAGAUUGGGGAGGAGAACGAGAACCUACAGGAGGGUUGGGUGCUGUACUCGUGCCCACUCUACAAAACCAGCGAGCGGCGCGGAGUUCUGUCGACGACAGGCCACUCCACGAACUUCGUUUGUGAUGUGGGCCUCCCCUCUUCCCAGCCUGAAUCACAUUGGAUCCUCAGAGGAGUUGCGCUACUGACGUCCCUAGAUUCGUGA